GGUUUGGGAAGAGAUGCCUAUAAAGCCUGCUCCCUCACCCCUCCCUCCCCUGAGAAGACAAGAGUGUGUAGAGAAGCAGUAGCACUCGAUUUCUGCUCCUUUUCUAUCAACCAAGCUCUGUUUGGUUCCCCUGGACAAAUGUCCAAGACUUUACAGACAGGCACCAUGGACCCCACCAAAAUGGGCGUGGGUCGCUCCAUUGCUGUGCUGACCUCGGGAGGCGAUGCCCAAGGUAUGAAUGCAGCUGUGAGGGCGACUGUCAGAGUUGGCCUUUACACUGGAGCAAGCGUCUAUUUUGUCCAUGAGGGCUACCAAGGACUGGUGGAUGGAGGAGAUAACAUCAAGCCGGCCACUUGGGAGAGUGUGUCCAUGAUGCUGCAGCUGGGUGGCACCGUGAUCGGCAGUGCCCGGUGCAAGGACUUCCAAACCAGGGAGGGCCGCAUGAAGGCCGCCGGCAACCUGGUGAAACUCGGCAUCACCAACCUGUGUGUGAUCGGAGGUGACGGCAGCCUCACCGGCGCCAACCAGUUCAGGACAGACUGGAGCGAACUGCUGGUCGACUUGGUAAAGGCUGGUAAGAUUACCAAGGAUGAGGCGAGCAAAUCGUCCCACCUCAACAUCGUUGGCAUGGUGGGGUCCAUUGACAAUGACUUCUGCGGAACUGACAUGACCAUCGGUACGGACUCGGCCCUGCACCGCAUCAUCGAGGUGGUGGACGCCAUCACCACCACAGCACAGAGCCACCAGAGGACUUUUAUUCUGGAAGUGAUGGGCAGACACUGUGGCUACCUGGCCCUGGUCACAGCCCUAUCCUGCGGCGCCGACUGGGUGUUCAUCCCUGAGAUGCCCCCAGAUGAGGGCUGGGAGGAGCAUCUCUGCAGGAGGCUGGCAGACCAAAGGGGAAGAGGCUGUCGUCUGAACGUCAUCAUUGUGGCUGAGGGCGCCAUGACAAGAGCUGGAAAACCCAUCACUUCUGACCAGCUAAAGCAGCUUGUGACUGACAGGCUGGGCUUUGACACGCGAACCACCGUCCUUGGACAUGUGCAGAGAGGUGGAACGCCUUCUGCCUUUGACAGAAUCCUGGGCAGCAGGAUGGGAGUGGAGGCUGUGAUGGCUCUCCUGGAGGCCACCCCAGAGACCCCGGCCUGCGUGGUCAGCCUCUCAGGGAACCAGGCCGUCAGACUGCCCCUCAUGGAGUGUGUACAAGUGACUAAGGAUGUCACGGCAGCCAUGGCAGAGGGCAGAUUUGAGGACGCGAUCAAGCUGCGUGGAAAGAGCUUUGAGAACAACUGGAACACAUACAAGCUUCUUGCCCAUAUCAACCCGCCAGACGUAAAGAGCAACAUCAACGUGGCCGUCAUGAACAUCGGCGCGCCAUGCGCCGGUAUGAACUCUGCGGUGCGCUCGGCUGUCAGGAUCGGCAUGAUCCAGGGACACACCAUGCUGGCGGUGCACGACGGCUUCGACGGGCUCGCACACGGAAAUAUUGAGCCACUUUCAUGGACUAAUGUGAGCGGCUGGACCGGCAAGGGAGGGUCGAUGCUCGGCACUAAGAGAACAUUGCCAGGAAAGAUGAUGGAGGAAAUCAGCUUGAACAUCAACAAGUUCAAUAUCCACGCAAUGGUGAUCAUCGGUGGCUUUGAGGCCUUUGUGGGCGGCCUGGAGCUGGUCCAGGCCAGGGAGAAGUACGAGGAGCUGUGCAUUCCAAUGGUGGUCAUUCCUGCCACCGUCUCCAACAAUGUCCCCGGCUCUGACUUCAGCAUCGGCGCGGACACUGCUCUCAACACCAUCGUCGCUACCUGUGACAGGAUCAAGCAGUCUGCUGCUGGCACCAAGCGUCGAGUGUUCAUCAUAGAAACCAUGGGCGGCUACUGUGGCUACCUGGCCACCAUGGCCGGCAUGGCUUCUGGAGCAGACGCGGCCUAUAUCUAUGAAGAGAAAUUCAACAUUAAGGACCUGGAGCUGAACGUGGAGCAUCUUGUGCAAAAGAUGAAGACAACGGUGAAGAGAGGGCUGAUUCUCAGGAAUGAGAACUCCAAUGCCCAUUACACCACAGACUUCAUCUUUAACCUGUAUUCAGAGGAAGGCAAGGGGGUCUUUGAUUGCCGCAAAAAUGUUUUGGGACAUAUGCAGCAGGGCGGAACCCCAACACCUUUUGAUAGAAACUUUGGCACAAAAAUGGGUGCCAAGUCUGUCCUAUGGCUGACUGAGAAACUGAAGACCUGCACUAGACACGGGCGCAUCUAUGCGAACACACCAGACUCUGCCUGUUUGCUGGGCAUGAGGAAAAGAGCACUCUACUUCCAGCCCCUUGCCGAGCUGAAAGAGGAGACUGAUUUUGAGCAUCGGAUCCCCAAAACUCAGUGGUGGCUGAAGAUCAGGCCAAUCAUGAAGAUCCUGGCCAAGUACAACAUCGAACUGGACACAUCUGAGCAUGCCAACAUGGAGCACGUGAUCAAGAAGAUGGGUCACCAGUAGUAGUCUGCAGAAAAGUAGAGCUUACAAAAGAAUCCUACUGAGGAUCCUCUGUUAAACAUUGUGAUCUCCAUUUGAACAAUGUGUAACAUAUCAACCAGCUCUUAUCUUCAAAUAAUUUGGAAAAAUCUGUAGUCAAUGGUGAUCAUUAGGUAUUUUGAUGUUAUCAAUUUAAUCACAUCCUAUAACUGAUAUUUUCUACAAAUAAAUAAUACUGUCCAGCACGUCACUCUCUGUUUAUAAGAAUUGCAAUGAGCCACACACUGCCAGUGAGAGUGGACAGAACUCUGUUAUUACCCACCUACUAACUUGGAGGGCCUGAAUCUUACCCAUUGCGACUUUAAUGAGGAGACUUUCUGUCUAAGUUGGCUUCCUGCACUAUACCCCAUUUUAUGGCUCACAUUUUGUAAACGGUUAUUUUAGUGCACUUCAAGAACCAUAUUAAACGUGCGUCACAAUAA